UGUGUCGGGAAAAUUUUAAGUAAUCUGUAUUCAUUUUUCAUUCAUCAGCUUACAGAUGCGGUGGUCAUUGCAAGGUAUCUGGGUGCUACACUAGUGCUGCCUGACAUCAGAGGAAGUGAAUUGGGUCAAAAGAAGAAUUUUGAAGAUAUGUAUGAUUCGGAUAAAUUCAUGAGGAGCAUGGAUGGUGUGAUAAAGAUAGUUAAGGAGGUACCUGCUGAGGUGGCAACUGAAAAGCCAGCAGUUGUCCGAGUCCCUAAUAGGGUGUCGGAAGACUUCAUUAUGGCGAAUGUUGAACCAAUAUUCCGAACGAAGAAUUACUUGAGGCUUGCAACUUUCUUCCCUUCGAUAAAUAUGAAAGUGAGGGAAAAGCGGAAUGAUGACUUGGAUUCAACUGCUUGCUUAGCAAUGUUCAGUAGCCUUGAACUGAAACCUGAAAUUUAUGAAGUGGCUGAACGAAUGGUGGAGAGGCUGAAAACAAUUAGCCGCAAAUCAGACAGUCAUUUCAUUGCAGUUGACCUGAGGGUUGAUAUUCUCGAGAAAAAGAGCUGCAAAGAGAGUAGAGACAGAGGAAGGAAAAGUUGUUACAGUGCACAGGAGAUUGGGGACUUUUUGAGGAAAAUUGGCUUUAAUGGAGAUACCACUAUUUAUCUGACUCAGACUUGGUGGCAUGAAAGUCUUAAUUCUUUGAAAGAGAUCUUCCCAAAAACUUACACCAAGGAUGAUAUCAUACCUGCGGACAAGAAAGGUGCAUUCCUCCGGUCACAAAGUUCUGAAUUAGAGAAAGCUCUUGACUUCCACAUUUGCUCCCACAGCGAUGUGUUUGUGCCUGCAAUUUCUGGCCUGUUCUAUGGAAAUGUUGCUGGGAAGAGAAUAGCUUCUGGCCGGACGCAAAUCCUUGUACCCUCCCAAGUGCGUGCUUCCUCAGCUCCAGCUUCUAACUUCAUCUCAGCCUACGUCACCAAGAAGAACCAUCUGGCAUACUCAUGCUAUUGCUAAACGUGUGCUAGAUAAAAUAUAGAGCCGCAAGAGCCCUACCCCUCUUCGUGGAAUCACUUCUACAAUCCUUUUCGUGUUGAGUUUCCUUUUCUCUGUUUCUACUUUUCCAGUGUAGUGAACCUUCAAAGUGUACUGAAGUAAAUAAGUUAAUAAAAGCAGCUUUAUUUAGUAUAUGACAAGCGUCAUGAGCUGCAUUGGUUGGAUCAUUGAUCACAAUUUGUUGAAGGGAACAAAAGUCACAAAGAGUGUCGAGUACAUCCCAAUUUAAUAUAUGUUCCAUUUGUUUCC